UAGAUAAUUUUUUAAAAAACACUUCAAUUAAUACUGUUUUCUUAAUAUUUAACGAGUUAUGAAUUUGUAAUUGUUAGAUGCAGAAAGGAAAAACGUCAUCAUUUAGUCCAGGAACACCAAAGGCUGUUUCCUAUUUUAACCACUUUCCAGCAAAUUUCCUUAAACCGUAUGGCCUGGCUGAUGAUGUGCCCUCACAAGAUGUGAUAAUGCGAAGCACGAAACCAAUUCAGACGAAGCCAACUAAAGAUAAUGUCAUUGCUUUGCUUAAAUUUUUAUACAAAGAAGAUGCAGAGCUUGAUAAAAUUGUCGAUUCAAUGUUCAAAUAUGGUGGUGCCCUGUUUGCUAUGAGCUGCAACAUAAUUGUAGCUAGAACAUUAAUACGAAACCACGAAUCAUACGCUGGAUUGGUGGCAGCUGAAAAUCAAUCUGAUGCAGACGUCAAACGUAAGAAAGACAUCAAAGAAAUGAAAAGUUCCUCACAAAAAACAUUGUAG